AUGUCUACAAGUCUCGACGCAGAAGUUGCUACUACCACUGGGGUCUCAACUGCUGUUAAUUCUGACAACAAUAUUGCAUCUUCUAUCGAUGCGAAUAGCGCUAUUGACCAGCCUUCUAUCCAAGAAGGUAACAUUGUUAGCACUUAUACUUACAGUACCGAUGACACAACAGUUUCAAGUAUUACAACCACUGGUUCCAACUCGGAAGCAACUGGUGAUGAAUCCAACGGUUCUAACAACGGUGAUGAAGCCAAUGGUUCUAACAACGGUGGUUCUGACAACGGUGAUGAAUCCAGUGGUUCUAACAACGGUGGUUCUGACAACGGUGAUGAAUCCAACGGUUCUAACAACGGUGGUUCUAACAACGGUGAAUCUGAAUCUGAAUCCAAUGGUUCUAACAACGGUGGUUCUAACAACGGUGAAUCUGAAUCUGAAUCCAAUGGUUCUAACAACGGUGAAUCUGAAUCUGAAUCCAGUGGUUCUGACAACGGUGGUUCUGACAACGGUGAUGAAUCCAACGGUUCUAACAACGGUGAUGAAUCCAAUGGUUCUAACAACGGUGGUUCUGACAACGGUGAUGAAGCCAAUGGUUCUAACAACGGUGGUUCUGACAACGGUGAUGAAUCCAAUGGUUCUAACAACGGUGGUUCUGACAACGGUGAUGAAUCCAGUGGUUCUAACAACGGUGAUGAAUCCAAUGGUUCUAACAACGGUGGUUCUGACAACGGUGAUGAAGCCAAUGGUUCUAACAACGGUGGUUCUGACAACGGUGAUGAAUCCAAUGGUUCUAACAACGGUGGUUCUGACAACGGUGAUGAAUCCAGUGGUUCUAACAACGGUGAUGAAUCCAAUGGUUCUAACAACGGUGGUUCUGACAACGGUGAUGAAGCCAAUGGUUCUAACAACGGUGGUUCUGACAACGGUGAUGAAUCCAAUGGUUCUAACAACGGUGGUUCUGACAACGGUGAAUCUGAAUCUGAAUCCAAUGGUUCUAACAACGGCGGUUCUGACAACGGUGAUUAA